AUGGUUCCACUGUGGGUAGAAGAAGGAGCCGAGGAGAACGAGGAAGGGGGGAGAUCUCGAAGAGCCCCCGCUGAGCACGCGGCAAGAUGGCGCGCGCGACACUUGGAGCGAGUGGGUCAUUUGGACCGUCGGCGCGGCGGCGGCGUUGUCGGCCGUUGGGUCCGCGCCGCCGCUGCCGGGCCUGGCCGACCCCUCGUCAGACUAAAGCCGUGCCUAUCAGUCUGUCAACUAGUCGAGCAACACUGCCCAUACUUUCUGCCGGCGGACCGCGCGCCAGCUUACCCCACACAGUACGCGGGCGAACCCACGUUCCUAUGUCUCGAUCCCCGGAUACCGGAGACCGGUGCUCAGGCGAACAAGUCAAACUACGGCUCUGAUGACUGCUGCUACUGGCACUGCGAGAGCCGGCUCUGUUAUCACUGCGAGUCACGGCUCAGCGAGCCGCAGCGGCCCGAAGCCGAGCACUGCAGUCCAGUUGUGGAGCGAACCGCCACCUGCUCCGUGCCAUAUCAGGCCCCGGCCGCGGCUGCCACUGCAGCCCCCCGGCCCCUUCUCCUCGCCUUAGCACUUAUCGCCCUCGCCGCUGCCGUACGGACUCACUGGACAUCGUUUUUACCACUAGUGAAUGUGCGUGAAUCGAGGUUAUAG